AUGGUCGAACGGAGGAGAGACUCGUGCCGGCCAGAGCGGCAACAGCACAACACCGAGACACACUCAACCGAAUGCACUGCCUCUUAUUUCCCCAGAACCACGUCCUACAAGACGCGCUUCGGCUUGAAGCCCAACACGCUUCGAGCCGUCAUCCCGUUGGCGCUAGUCGUCGUGGGUAGCGCCGUGGCGCUGUGGUCGCUGGGCCUGUCGUUCAGGAGCGCGCUCCUCAACAUCCAGCCGGUCGCAUCGCGCAUCGGGAGCUCCGCGUUCGAUGCCGACGGGACAAUCGGCGCCACUGGGGGGAGCGAGCUGAAUGCGCUAUCGGCCGACCAGCUAGCCAUCGCGCUCAGUCUUAGGCAGCUGGGGAAACCGCGGGAGUCAGUAAGCGUAACGCGCCGUGCUGACGACGAGACCCCCGGUGGUAGUAACGCUCAGGACGCGGAGGCGGGAGCUUCGGCGCGAGCGGCCGAUAAUGUGGCGACGCGCGGAGACGAAGGGGCUCAAGGAGAAGUAAUGGAAGUUGUUGUGGAGCAGGGGGAGGUGGUUACCGCUGCUGCUGGUGGGAUAGCAGAAGGGACGGGAAGAGCGACGGGAGCAGAGAUUGAAGGGGACACGCACGCGGAGGAGCAGCAGGAGGAGGGCGAGAGCGGGGAAGUGGGUGGCGCAGCGGACGAUGCUGCGGAGCCUGUCGAGUACCGCCCGCCCACCAUUAUCGGUAAACUACCUAAGCCGGGCUCGCGACGAGCAGUAGCGCUGCGCAACAUUCUUCAGUUUGACAUCGUCGCCGCCAACUCUACGGCCGGCGGCGACCGCUCCAAGGCGAGCAUGCUCGUGCCCGCGCGCCCUACUAGCGCGUCCAAGCCGCAAGAUGGCUUCCAGGCGCUGCGCGCGUGGCUGUCCAAGCAGAAAAAGCGGGCGCUGCGCGACGAGUCCACCUCCACCCGCCGCGGCGCGGACAAGCUGCGCCUGGGAGUGGUGAACCUCGACGCAGCGGACACGAAGAGCGCGCGCGCGCGCUUCCCCGAGGCCGUGUUCCGCGCGCUGCCGUUCUCCGCGCCUCCCGCGGAUUUGAAGUGGGCGCAGCUGUUUCCCGAGUGGAUCGACGAGAAGCAACCGAAGCCGUGCCCCGCACUGCCCUGGCCGCAAUGGGCGGGGCCCGGCAACGGCACCGUCAUGUGGCCUGAUAGCGAGGUUGACAAUAACGGAGCUGACAAAGAGGGUGUCGACGACGAGGAGGCGGGGCGUGGGGGAAGCGAGGGGAGCGGGGACGGCGCGGCGUGGAGCGUGCGGGAGGAGCACGAGGUGGACGCGCUGAUUGUGCGCGUGCCGUGCGAGGGGCUGUCCGUGUUCAACGCGUCGUGGGCCAGAGACGUGGCGCGCCACCACCUGCUGCUGCUCGCCGCUUCCGGCCUUGCCGCCCAGGUGCGACACGGGAAAGAGGGGGAUAGGGAGAGGAGGGGAGAGUCGGGCUGCGAGAGGAGAGGGCGAGAUAGUGAAGCUCCACAGGCGGGCACGGAGAAGAAGGCGUGGGCGACGGUGCUGCACUCGAGCGACAAGUACAUCUGCGGCGCGCUCGCGCUCGCGCGGAGCCUUCGGCGCGUGGGCACGCGGCACGAGCUGGUGGCGUUCGUGUCGAAGGAGGUGUCGCAACGCGCGCAGCGCAGCCUGACUCUGGCGGGGUGGAAGGUGGUGGCGGUCGGUCGCAUGCGCAGCUCGUUCAAGGCCAGUAGCAACUAUUGCAAGUACAACCACAGCAAGCUGCGGCUGUGGCAGAUGGCGCAGUACAGCAAGCUCAUCUUCCUGGACACGGACAUGCUCGUGCUGCGCAACCUGGACCACCUCUUCGCCAUGCCCGAGCUCACCGCCGUCUCCAACAACCAGUUCCAGUUCAACGGCGGGCUGCUCGUCGUUGACCCCUCGCCCUGCACCUUCGCCAUGCUCAAGGACGCGCUCGCGCUCUUCGAGACGUACAAAGACUGCGAGCAGGGGCUGUUGAACGAGCUGUACCCGUGGUGGCACCGCCUGCCGCAGUCCACCAACUUCCUCAAAUUUGCCUGGUCCAACAAACCUGAGGACCUGGCGCAGCGCCGUGCAACUCUAGCAGCGCAGCCGCCGGUGGUGGACAUGGUGCACUACCUGGGCGCCAAGCCCUGGUACUGCUACCGUGACUUUGACUGCAACCUGCUCAGCACGGAGCGCCAGUUUGCCGACGACCUUGCGUUUGACAUGUGGUGGAAGGUGCACGAUGAGAUGAGCGAGGAGGAGCAGCAGCAGUGCUGGAUGCCCACGUGGACCAAGGCUGCGCUGCGCGCUGCCAUGGAGAAGAUGCGGCUCCUUAAGGAGGACCCGAGGCUGUGGAAUGUGACUAUCGCGGAUCCGAGGGACAAUAAGUGCCGCGACUGGGAAGAGAAGUACUCGUGCGACUGGCGGGCGAUGCAGUCUGUGCUGGAUGAGCCGAAGCACUUCCGCUUCUAG